AUGAAUCCAAGUCUUUCUCGUGCUAUCACAACGAUUUUCUUUGUUUUGUUACUGGUGGCCCAUAUUUCGGCCUAUUUGUCGUUGAUAGGUCGGCUGGCGUAUUGCAGGCGAGCAAGUGAAAGUUCAAACGUUAAUGAUGCUACCAGUAGAGAACGCGUACGGAGAUUUGGAAUUUGGUGGCCGCGACCGUCUCAUCCUUCCCAGGUUAGUUUGGGCUAAAAAAGAGAUUAACCUAUUUUUCAAUUAGUAAGGGAACAAUUUUAAUUCAAAAAUCAGUCUUUGCAUGAACGGAUUUGUAUUUUGUAGAUUCUUUCCCUUUAAUUUUCCCCAGGAAAACAUGGAGAGCCGUAAAAAUCCAAUAGAGCGAAAACAUUCAUCUUUCAGACCGGCAGUCUAUAGCAUCUAUGUUAUGAUGCAACUUCCAUUGAGUUCAUUUAUUUACAUGUUUUAUUCUUCUUCUUCUUUCUUUAUUUUUCUUAGCUUGUUUGUUUUACUGCUGACCUUUUACAUUUACAUUUCAAUAAAUAGUAUUGAUUUUAGUUGCACUGAUGUUGAAAACGUUGAUUGUAAUCCUGAUGUAUAUAAGAUCCUCUUGAUGCCUCCGUGCUUGAAGUUUCUAAUAGAAGGGGUAGACCAUUUAGUUUUGGAUGCGGGAAAGGGGUGGGUGGGUGCGUUGGCUCACAUGGAAGAAACUGCUCACCGCAUUAUUUCCUAUCAAAAAUUAAAUGGUUGGUCUCUUACAAGAAGAUGAGAAAUGAUUCACGCCCCUUGCUUUAGUUAAUGAUUAUCUGGGACUGCAAACUAACAUAUUAUUGACGUUGUUUGUACUGUGAGCUUACUGUGAAAUAACAGUUCCUGCUCUACAGGAGUUUCUCUGUCUUCAAAACUUUAUAUUGAGUUAGACUAUAAGAAUGAGAAGACUUCAAGACAGGAGUUAUAGUUUUUCCAGCUUCCCAGAGUUCGCCCCGUGUAAGGGAAUCCAAGACAGUCUGGAUUCUGGAUUCUACGCCGUGGAUUCCGGAUUCUAGGUACUGUAAUCCCGAUUCUUUGUCCGGCUUCCUGUCGCUAUUGGGAUCCGGACUCCUUCAGCUGUACUCGGGAUGUUAAAGCCCAGGAUUCCGGCAUCCACAAGCAAAAAUUUCUCGGAUUCCCUUACAUGGGGCGACAGAGUCAUUGACCUUAUAUCCGCAGUUUGGUGACCCAGCUCCAGCUGGAGUGGAACAUUGAUUUAACGAAGUGGCAAAGGACGUCGACUGGCGAAAUUUGUUCGUUAAAUCGAGGGUUCUUCACAUCGAACACCUCCAUUUAACGAAUUGUUGGGAAAACUACCAAAAUGUUCGUUAUAUGCGAGGUAUAGUUAAUUAUUAAUUUACAAAACCCAGCGUUUCUGAAUCUGAAAAAUUGCUCUGUAACAACAUGUCAGUACCGAAACGGAGCUAUACAGAGCUACAGCACUAGAAACUCAAGAACGGGCAAACAAAACUACUUAAAACUACUAUCAAAAUAACCUUUAUCCUUGUUGGUCUGUUUGGCACUCAUCUUUUAUCACAUGCUUUCAUUUAUUCGUUAUAUCGAGGCAAAAUUUACGUUUGCACCUCUGGAUUAGGUUUGUCAUAAAGAGGAUUUCGUUAAAUUGAUGUUCUGUUCCAUACAUUUUAUUGUAAUUUUGGCCGGGCUGAAGAAAAUCGUUCGUUAUACCGAGGACUUCGUUAUACAGAGGUUCCUUAAAUCGGAGUUGCACUGUAGCUUGAGUUGCCUAAAAUCAAAAUGUUGGAACACUCAGUCCCAGGGGGGGGAAGGUUUAGCAAUUUCUGGGUGGGGAUGUGCCGCUGGGACCCUGGAACCCUUGACCUGUACCAGAGCUAGUUCAGCUGAAUUUUGCUACCCUAUUUUAGAGUAAACACGCGAAAUUCCUCCUAUCCUAGAGUAACGGUUUUCCAGAAACUACUGAGGUCACUAGCACAGUCUAGUCAAAACAAAACCUUAUACCACAGCCCUUAGUCUAGAUAAAAUCUUCAGCCAACUGAUCAGUUUCCUGAAAAAUGAUACCCAAUUCUAGACCCAAACGCUCUGAUCUAUAUACCCUAUCUUAGGGUGAACUACUUGUAAACCAUACCCUUCACAGCGGCACAUACCUAUAUAGCCCAUAUAUGGCAGUAACCCCCCCACCUCUUCCGGGGCACUCAGUCUGUUUCCAUUUCAAGACUGGAUUCAAAGGCCAGCCCAUUUAUGUCCUAAGCCAAACCAAUAUAUAACAGGCAAUAAUUUGAGUAGUAGAAAUAAAUUUUAAAACCCUUCAUUUAUAUAAACUGAUAUCAUCAUGUACUGAUUGCGACCUUCAUUUGAAACUACUGAUAUUUAGUCAGACUAAAUUAUGAAUAUAUUCACUCUGAAGUAGAAAUUUAUAUUAUACUAGGGUAUCUAAAAGAUAGUAAUGCUGCGGCACAUUCUGUUGAUACUGGCAUUAGCUAGGCAGUGGGACUUAAAAGAAUCGAAAAUGACUUUGAAUGUCCUAUUUACAUGUUGGAAAGUACUAGAAUAAUUACUAUCAGUCUAUAGAAAGAACUCGUGGGAACGUUGUUUAAAAAAUGAUCAAGUGGUUAUCAACUCUGGUUUUCCCUCAGUAAAUUGUAGGAAAUAAUAGAAAUUCACAUUGUUUAUCCAUAUAUUUAAUAUACGGUGCUCGAUAUUUUCUCUCGAAACACAAUACUUUUCUUGCUGUUUGUUGCACUUUAUUAAGUAACAGUUAUUUAGCCAUAUAUUUACAGAAAACAACAACACAAAGAAACGGAAAAAAAAGAAAGUAGGAAAAAAUAAUUCGGUAGGAUUCGAACCCAGCACCUCCGACUCGACGCGACUACACUUAACCACUACACCGCAGUGGCUGAUUACGUAAUUUGAUGUAAAAGUCUUUCAUUUUAUUCCUUUUCCAUGAAACUUCCGCCGGCAAGAUGAUCGCCGGCCGCAUUAACCAAGCUAGUAACAGUGAAAAAACAAUGUAAACGCAUCUUCCAUGGCAAUGAAUGAAUGAAAGAACAUAAUUAUGCUUUUCAAAACGCCGAUACACGUCCUCGUCUGCAAAGUAGAACACAAAACAUAUGUUUUGUUAUCUCGAUUUCCGCUGUUAUUUUGAAGCGAGUGUCAAAAUCACAUCCAUUUUCGGCUCAUACAGAUUCCUAAGAAUAGCAUUGCAUGACAUUUUCUCACUUUCACAUCACCUUGUAGCAAGAUGGAACGUGUUGCAGAGUCGAAGAGCAAAUGCUCAUCUUCUCGUCAGGUUUAACACCUGGACGAGUCAAAGGCUCUUGAAUUGAAAUCCAAUCCCCAAGUUAACCAUCGUACUCAUCUGAAAGACUCCUGCGUGUCUUAAAAUGCGGUAAGACCUCUAACCGUAAUGUAGAAAGUUUGCCACAAAGAAAACUCUAAGUCUAAGCAGCGAACGAUGCACUCUCACCCACCGAACUUCCCCGUGUUUUUAUUUGAGUUGUUCUUGGCGCAAUGCACUGUGGUUAAAUGCAAUGCAUUGUGGUAAAAAGUGUGGUUAAAUGCAAUGCAUUGUGGUAAAAAGUGAUGAAUUCGAGAAUUCGUCGCCCCUUAUAUAUUUCCUUUAAAUCCUGAUUAUGUUGCUGCUCGCUCCCUUCGGUCGCUCCGCAGCAAUAACCUUUGUGGCGUCGAAAAUGAUGAAAACGAAGAUAAAAAGGGAGGUGGGUGGGGAUCCCUUCCCUCUCGUGUGCCCCUGCCCCUUCCCUCCUUUUUUUAGCGCCUGGCACGAAGGCUAAGCUUGGGCAUAACUGGCGGGACGUACUAUGCUUUAGAACUAAAUGAUUGAAGCUAUUUUUCACCUUUCAUUGUUUUUUUUUUUCGCAGCGUGAAUGCAACACUUAUCGCAAUAUUCUCUGCAAUGCACCAACCAUCCCUCCGUCGACACCUCUACCGCUUCCCCCUUCUCUGCCAUCAUCAAGAAAACGAUCCCAGUUUAGGAAGAAAGUGAUGACUCUUUGAUAGCAAGCUCAAAGUGGAUGCAUAUGCUACUGAAAACUGAACCAUGUAUCAAACAAAC